GGCGGCCACACUCGAAUGCACGGCCGCGGGGUGAAUGACACCGACACCUUCGCACUCGAGGCGAAGGUGGCCGAGCCCGAGGGCCGAAGGGCGAGCCGAAGGGCGCGAGCACGGCGACCAAAGUCACUGCCAGCGAGAUAAUUGCAUUGCAACCGGCCUGAAGGGCCCUGCUGCCGUUGCUGAUUGGCGACACACACACGGCAAGUCCUUGGCACGCUGACCUCGGCAACGGACAAGCGUCGCCCAAAGCGCAGGCAGCUUUUGGCCGCGGCGGAAUAUUCCACAAGUGAGAUUACACGCGAGAUCCGCCGAGAGCGAGAGUCGAGAGGCCGCUCGCCGCGCCCGGGGCUGAUAGGCGGCGCGGGGGUGAUUUUUAGCAGGUGGAUGAUGAGGUGAUUCCUCUGCGAUAACGCGCAGAGGACAACAAGCUAAUCCGAGGGUCUCGGCCCGGCAUUAAGCAAUGGGUCGGCGGUAAAAGCAUGGGGAAAUUAAAAUUAAAAUGUGCUCCCGAUCUUCAACGGACUAUAUUAUAAUCCGUCUACGUUUAGUAAAACGGCCAAUUAGUGGUGGGGGGUCGUCGGGCGCCACCGGGCCCGCCGGGCCCGCCCGAGGUGCAGCACAGAGGAGAGGCCGAGGCCGAUAGGCCGGUCGGGCGACACCAGUCGAGAUCUAGCCACGUCACCGAACGGUACUCCAAUAAACGGCUUGUCGCGGGCGCGGCAGAACUCGGCACAAUAACGGAAUUAAAGAGUUUAUUGCGCUCAAGUCUGACCAUCAAGACAAAAAGACAGUGAAUCCAACAAUCUGACUGGACUAUUCCCCAAACAGAAAGUCCAAAUUGAUGCAUUAUCGAAAAAAAAAAAAAAUCAGCACUAGUUGCACUACCCGUCAAAUCGCAUCAUCAACCGAAAAAAAAUCUUCAUCGGAAUUUAAAUCUCCGAAACCAAACCACCAGCAUUCACAUCAGCUGCUAUCGCACCUCCGCGGUGCACACAGUUAAUCAGGACCUACGCAAAUUGAGGCAGGAUAUAAUUUAAUUAAGAUUCGCCACAUCACACCCUGUAGGAGAGCACUGGCGAUCUGCAAACUCCGUCCGAAAAGCUGCGCCUCUCGCGGCUGAUAUUAAGUAGCGAUCAAGUGUAUAGGGGGCCGUCUCCGCCCCAUAAGCACAACACGCAGACCUAACAGUAAUACGCAGCACAUCCAAUCGCACUUUGACCACACAAGUAACCAUCGUACGGAGGGUAAAAUUGAUAACACCACGGUAAUACCCAUCCCGACCAGGGUUAAAAUAGAGCACACUACCGGACACACACUCAGUAGUGAUCGGAGCUUCACAGAGAGAACAUCGUCCACAAUAGCAGCAUUCAUCAUCCAUGGAGCAGGUGCGUGAGGAGGAAGGGUUGGCAAAUGCCAUCGGUGAAACAAGUAACACUGACCCAGCACACAAUCCACAUGAUGACCCUAGGAGGGACAGACACGGCAUUGGCCGCAAUAUGACCCCAAACCAUGCGGCUGCGGCCCCCAUCCCAAUUCCCCCAAACGGCAGCAAGGUUUUCGUGGGAGCAGACUACGAAUUCGAGGAAAAGGAACUAUACUACAAAGCCUGUAGUGAGCACACUUGGGCCCUUGACAGACCCGAAGCGACGAAUUUCGUCCUACAGCAGGCGUUCCCCGCCCCCCCUCCCUCCCCAGACCCCCGGCAGGUGAUGCAGGUCACGACCGCGACCGGGCACGAUGUCCGGUUUCUCAUGAUAGGCGACUCCUACAUUUCGUGUUUGAGGGCACCCACAGAGGACCAGUGUAUGCCCCUAUUCACCGUCCACCACCUCCCACCGAACCGGCACACGCCCCAAAGAUCCAAGAAAUACUGGAUUGGCUCGGAUAGGGUCAAAGCAUUUCACAGAUACUACAAAGAUAACCAUGACACCAACAAGGGACACAGUGUGCCAUACGGCGACAUGAGUACCAUCGACAGCAGGAAGCGGACGAUGGAGAUGCCGUACAACAUUUACCCCACCAAGAGGACUGUGAACAGCGGCAACAUGCAGGCGGUGGAGGAAGCCAUCCGCAAAUUUGUCGAUGGAGAAGGAGGCGAAGGGCUGGUCGUGAUCAGCGGGCACAUCGGGGUGCUCCACCAGCGCGACGAGAGCGAGUACAUGCCCAUGUACUUCUUCAAGAUGCUCCUGCGAUCGCCCACCUUUGGGCCCAUUCCAAUGGGCUGCAUCUUGAUGUCCAACAACGCGGGCGAGAUCGCCGAAGCACGCCUGCCAAAGGGCGGUAAAAAGCCGAAGUGGAUUGGCAAUAAGGUCAAGGAGCGCGAGGCAGCGAUGGGGAUCACACGUUUCGUGGAGGUCCGUGAAUUUUUCCAUUGGGCAGGGAAGCACUUUCCUGAGGCAAUUACCCCGCAAAUCGUCGUGGAAAACAUGAAGGUUCUGGUCGAUUUUCUUAGCCCUGCCGCGCAGUUGACGGCGGCACCCCGUCCCUAUCGCCAACCACUCGGUUUACUUCAGGAGAGAAAUUUAACAGAAGUUAUCGAUGGCCAGGGUUCGCCUCCUGCGUGUUAACCAGCUCCUAAUUCCACCGUAGAAAAUUCUA